AUGUCUGCAUACGGAGGAUACUCAAAACCCGCAUACGGUGCUCAGGGCGGUGACGACUCUGGCGGCUUCUUCGCAGGCGGUUCACAGCAGGGCAGCCAAGGUGGCGGUGGUGGCAAGUCUUACCAAGAUGAGUCUCUGCGCCCCGUCACAAUCAAGCAAAUCCUCGACGCCGAGGAGGCCUACGCCGGCGCCGAUUUCCGCAUCGACGGCUCCCCCGUCACCCAGAUCACCUUCGUUGGUCAAGUCCGUAACGUGAACCCGCAACCCACAACCAUCACCCUCAAGAUCGAUGACGGCACCGGCCAGAUCGAGGUCAAGAAGUGGAUAGACGCCGACAAGCAAGAUGAUGCUGACCCUGGGUACGAGCUCGACUCCCAUGUUCGCAUCUGGGGCCGCCUCAAGUCCUUCAACAAGCGUCACGUCGGUGCCCACGUUAUCCGCCCCGUGUCCGACCCCAACGAGGUCAACUACCACCUCCUCGAGGCCACCUACGUCCACCUCUACUUCACCAAGGGACCUCUUGGUGGAGCGAACGGUGCCAACGGCGAGGGAGACAGCAUGUUCGUCGAUGGUGGCGGAUACAAUGACCAAACUGGCGGUAACGCUAGCCAAGCAAACAGUAAAUUGUCCGGCUGCUCCGCCCCGGCCAAGAAGAUGUUCAACUUCAUGAACGACACACCUGGCGGAAAUGAAGGCAUCCAUCUCAACGUCAUCACCAACUCGACUAGCAUGUCUGUGAGGGAUGUCCUAACUGGCGCCGAUGAGUUGCUCGGACAGGGUCUAAUCUACACAACUGUCGACGACGAGACGUGGGCGAUUCUGGAAUACUGA